AUGAGCGAGGAGUGUAUUGAAAAUCCUGAACGUAUUAAAAUUGGUACUGAUUUAAUCAACAUCCGAAAUAAAAUGAACUUAAAAGAACUAAUCCAUCCAAACGAGGAUGAAAACUCUACCCUACUCAUACUUAAUCAAAAAAUUGACAUUCCUAGACCGUUGUUUUACAAAAUUUGGAAGCUGCAUGACUUGAAGGUCUGUGCAGAUGGUGCAGCCAAUAGAUUAUAUGACUACCUAGAUGAUGACGAAACCCUAAGGAUAAAAUAUCUUCCCAAUUAUAUUAUUGGCGAUCUGGAUUCACUAUCAGAAAAGGUUUACAAGUAUUAUAGGAAAAACAAAGUAACUAUAAUAAAACAAACUACACAAUAUUCGACUGAUUUCACGAAGUGCGUUAAUUUGAUCUCUCUACACUUCAAUUCACCAGAAUUUCGUUCUUUAAUAUCGAAUAAAGACAAUCUUCAGUCAAAUCAUGGAAUUGAACUGGAAAAGGGUAUUCACACAUUAUACAAUACUAUGACCGAGUCCUUGGUUUUCUCGAAAGUGACUCCAAUUAGUCUAUUAGCACUAGGAGGAAUUGGUGGUAGAUUUGAUCAGACGGUUCACUCAAUAACGCAAUUGUAUACCUUAUCCGAGAAUGCAAGCUAUUUCAAGCUUUGUUACAUGACUCCAACAGACUUAAUAUUCUUAAUCAAAAAAAAUGGAACUUUGAUUGAGUAUGAUCCCCAAUUUAGGAACACUUGUAUAGGAAAUUGUGGGUUGUUGCCUAUUGGAGAGGCUACUUUGGUUAAGGAAACCCGUGGUUUAAAGUGGGAUGUUAAAAACUGGCCAACUAGCGUGGUCACCGGAAGAGUCAGCAGUAGUAACAGAUUUGUUGGGGAUAAUUGUUGUUUCAUUGAUACCAAAGAUGACAUCAUUUUGAAUGUAGAAAUAUUCGUUGAUAAAUUAAUAGAUUUUUUGUAA